UACUAUGACUUCUCCGAUGUAGCCGAGGAUGCAGCUCGACAAUUUACGGACUUUUUGGCCAGUAAAUUCUCAACAAACCCACCUGCCACCAUAACAGAUCAAAUACGUGAUGAGGUCAGACGUAAAGCAAACGGUAUUGCAACAUAUGCCCUAAAUGAAGAUGAACAUCUGUUGGCAUUUGCCUUGGCAGCGCCCAGUAUACAUACGGUUGUGGUAAAAUUUCGAGAAAAUGUAACGAUACCUUUGGAACAGGUACAUAAUCGCGGUUUUUUGGGUUCCUAUUGGCGUGAGUUAGGCUAUGCCUGGAACAGCACAGAUGGCUCUCAGGAAUGGGGAGCACCAUUUCGAGACUGUAAUCUUUUAAUUGGAAGAUGGUUGUGGCCAUUUCGUAUCUCAUUUGCUGAAUCAAAAUUUAAAAUUGUGGCUGCCGCCUUUAUAGCUGCCGAUGAAGAUGUUUGUAAUGAUGGUUUAGAGCAAAUUUUUGGACGCAAACAUGGUUGCGAUCGCAAUACCACGUUUUGUUUGCUGACCGAAAAUAAACCCGCUGCCACACGUGAUGUUUAUACUUGCAUUUGCAAAGAAUCCUAUUAUUUGCCUAAUUCCACUUUACAAGGCUUUCGUGGUGAUAUUGUUGAAAUGUCUGAGGGUUAUGAUAACUAUUCAUGUAUUCCCUGUCCAGCUGGUUGUUCAAAUUGCGAUUCAGCUGGAGUUUGUUUGUACGGUGAACCACAGGAAACUGUGUCUUUGGAAAGUUUAUUAAAAGUUUCGGUGGGUUCGGUGCUGGGCGCCUGUAUAUUGUGUUGUGUUGUCUUGAGUGUUAUUGUUUUCCAGCAGCGGAAGUGUAAGAACAAUCGCAAGGAACAAGCUGGUUUCCGUCUCAACAAAUCUGGCAUUGACCAGAACAGUUUGCGGAUAAUUACGGAACAAUCGGUCGAAUGGUGUUCACCCCUAUACCUUGUGCUCAUCGAUUUUGAGAAGGCAUUCGACACCUUACAUCACAGUGCCAUUUGGAAUGGUCUUCGCUGUGGCCUAUACAAGAAUGCUACCUGCCGCAUAUUAUAUGAGUUCGCCAAGGGUGCCUACUAUAUCCUCUGCUAUACAACGUAG